AGACAAACAGGCGCCCCGUAUCAAUCUCUUCUUCACGCUGGGCUGGACUGGAUCCCCUUCGCCUCUGCCUCUGAGCGCCUCCCCCUCUCUCCCUCCCUCUUCCUCCCCAAACGAGAAGAGGGCACGCCGCACGCCGCCGCCGGUGAUCGAGAGGGGACUAGCCUUCCCUUGCGUCGCGUCGCCUCCUCCUUCCUCACGCCAGAAGAAGCAUCGUCAUCAUCAGCUCAGCAGCAGCCAUGUUCGGCUCCACCAACCCAUUUGGCCAGUCAUCAACCAGCCCAUUUGGCCAGAACUCAUUCGGAACCCAGCAGGGAUUCGGCCAGGCUACCCCUGCUGCUAGCAACCCCUUUGCGCCAAAACCAUUUGGCAGCCCAACCACAACUUUUGGGGCACAGACUGGAAGCUCACUUUUCGGCACUACAUCCACUGGUGCAUUUGGCCAGCAGCAGUCCACUCCUACAUUUGGCACUACAUCCACUGCUGCGUUUGGCCAGCAGCAAUCCACUCCCACGUUUGGCACCCCGUCCUCCUCUCCAUUCGGGAGCUCUCCAGCUUUCGGUGCAUCGCCCACUCCUGCCUUUGGUGCUACAUCCUCUACCUUUGGCUCUGGAUCUUUAUUUGGACAAAAGCCAAGUUUCGGGGGUUUUGGAUCAUCUCCUAGCCAGUCAAGUCCUUUUGGUAGCACGUUCCAGCAAACACAACCGACAUUUGGCAGCAGCACUUUUGGUACAUCAACUACACCGACAUUCGGUACCACAACUACGCCGGCAUUUGGUGUAACUACACCAGCCCUUGGCACCACAACUACACCGGCUUUCGGCGCCACAACUACCCCAGCACUUGGUUCAACAUCGCCAUCUUUAUUUGGUGCUUCUAGCACCCCGGCAUUUGGUUCAUCUGCUCCUGGUUUUGGAACUUCAGCGACCACAGCAUUUGGUGUGAGUAGUGCUACUCCAGGUUUUGGAUCUUCCAGCACACCUUCAUUUGGCACAUCAACCAAUGCAUUCAGUUUUGGUUCUUCACCAUCUUUUGGACAAACGGCAGUUUCCUCUGGUAGUUCUCCCUUUGGAACAACAUCACCUUUCGGUGCGCAGACUCCAGCAUUUGGCUCACAGACAGCAGCACCCGCUUUUGGGCAAGCACAAUUUGGUAAUCAAGCUCGAGGGACUAGAAUAAAACCUUAUGCUCAAACACCAGAUGUUGACGGUGCUACCAGUGGUACUCAGCCUGCUGCGAAACUUGAUUCCAUAUCAGCGAUGCCUGAAUACAAAGACAAGAGUCAUGAAGAAUUGAGGUGGGAAGAUUACCAGCGCGGAGACAAGGGUGGAUCAAACCCUUCUGGAACUCCAACACUGACGCCUACCUUUCCAUCAUCAACACCACCAAAUACUUUUACAACAAGCAGUCUAUUUAGCCAAACUACUCCAAACCCAUUUUCAUCAAACAAUCCAUUUGCUAAGAAUGGUUCAACUGGUGCAUCACUAUUCAACACCUCAUUUAACAAUACAACAGUUGCAAGUUCGAGCCCAUUCACAUCGUCCACUAGUACCACAAUGUUUGGACAAACAGGUGUUUCUGCAUUUCCAGCAAGUAGUUCACCAUCUUUGUUUCCAAAUACUGCUCCUGCUUUUGCUUCAUCUUCGUUGUUUGGCACAUCAACAACAAGUAAUUCAAGUCUAUUCGGCACUGGCUUGUCGUUGGCUAACACUCAAUCAGCCCCACUAUUUCAAUCUUCCCCUGCAUUUGCACAACAGCCAUCAAGUACACCAGCUUUCUCCUCUGGAAACCUAUUUAGUACACCUAAUACUGGCAGUCUGUUUGGCAGCGGACCUUCACUUUUUACAACGCCAACAUUUCAACAACCUGCCCCUGCUCAAACUCCAAACAUGUUCUCCUUCCAACCUCCGUCUCAACCAGCUUCUACAGGUGGAUUUCCUGGUUUUUCCAACACUGCUAAUCAGGCCCUCAUUGGACAGCAAACUCCUAGCCAAUCCAAUAUGGUCAUGCAACCUGCUCCUGUUUCGAAUCCAUUUGGGACACUUCCAGCAAUGCCUCAGAUGUCCAUUGGGAAUGGUGGAUCUUCUCCUUCGGUUCAAUAUGGAAUAAGUUUACCAGUUACUGAUAAGCCUCUUCCGAGUAGAACAUUGUCCGUGGCGGUUCCUAGGCAUUUUUUACAGAGAAGAAUCAAAUUGCUGCCAAGAAAAUAUAAUCCAAUAUCAGAUGGCAAGGUUCCAUUCUUUGCUGAUGAGGAGGAAUCUCCUGCAACACCAAAAGCGGAUGCUUUUUUCAUCCCUAGAGAGAACCCGAGGAAUCUGAUAAUCCGUCCAAUCGAGCAGUGGCCCCCGCGGAGUGGAAUUAACAGGCAAUUAGUUCCAAAGGAUUCAGCUGGUUUGGACAAAUAUGAAGAUGCUUCCACUGAAAAUGCGUGCGAUAAGGCUGUCAAGUCACCAAGCAGCAGUCCUCUGGUGGAAAAUGGCAAGCAGCAUGAGCCCAGUCAUCAUGGGAACGGGAAGGGCACUUCAGUUGAGGGGUUGCCUAAGCUCCCUCAGGCAGAUUACUUCACAGAUCCUAGUCUGGAGGAGCUUGCUGCCAAAGAACGUGGUGAGCCAGGCUACUGCGGUCGGGUGAAGGACUUUGUUGUGGGGCGCCAUGGCUAUGGCAGCAUCAAGUUCCUGGGGGAGACAGAUGUGCGGGGCCUGGAUCUGGAGUCAAUCGUGGAGUUCAACAACAGGGAGGUUAUUGUGUACAAGGACGACAACAAGAAGCCCCCGGUGGGUGAGGGGCUGAACAAGGCUGCGGAGGUGACUCUUCUGAACAUCAAGUGCGUGAACAAGAAGACGAGGGUGGAGUACCAAGAGGGCCCGCGGGUGGACAGGUACCGGCAGAUGCUGAUGAAGAAGGUGGAGGAGCAGGGCGCCGAGUUCGUGUCAUUUGACGCGGCCAAGGGAGAGUGGAAGUUCAGGGUGAAGCACUUCAGCGCCUACGGGCUCUGGUGAGAUGAAUCCUAGGAAUCCUAGGGAAGGAGGAAUGGAUGAUGAAAGUGUGUAGCCACCUUACCUUGUAGCGCUUUUCUGGUUACUAGUUUUGUUGGUGUAGCAACAAACUAAACAUGCACGCUGUGGUGAUGUCAAUGUCGUGCAUGGGUUUUGUUAUUAUUGUUGUCGUUGCUGUAGAAUGCUUGUCAACAAAAAAAAUGCUUGUCAAUUACCCUAAUGAAAAAAAAGAAGGCUUGCCAAUUCC